AUGGCUGGGGUAGACUCGGUCGAGGUGGAGUUGGAGUUAGAGAAGGUGACGGUAAUAGGAUACGUUGAGCGGAAUAAGGUGUUGAAGGCGGUGAGGAGGGCGGGAAAAAGGGCAGAGUUUUGGCCAUACCCGAACCCUCCACUCUAUUUCACAACGACCAACAAUUACUUCAAAGACACGACAAUCGAGUACAAAGAGAGUUACAACUACUGGCGCCACGGGUACAAUGCCUCCGACCGCCAUGGCUCUCUCCCAGUCACCCAUCGUGGAGAUGACAAAGUAAGCAACUUGUUCAACGAUGACAAUGUCAACGCUUGCCGUGUAAUGUGA